AUGUCCCAACCACAAUGGGUUCUUACCCAAAAGAAAACAUUUACUAAAUGGGCAAAUGUCCAAUUAAGUGGAGCAUAUGUUAUAAAUGAUGUUGAGACAGAUUUAAAUGAUGGAUUAAUCUUAAUAUCAUUAUUUGAAGCUUUAAGAAAACAAAAAGUACAAUUCAGAUAUAACAAGAAACCAAAGAUGAGAGUAGCUAAAUUAGAAAAUACAGAACAAGCAUUAAAUUUCAUUAAAGCUGACGGAGUUAAAUUAGUUAAUAUUGAUGCUCAAAAUAUUGUUGAUGGAAAUUUGACACUUAUUCUUGGACUUCUUUGGACACUUAUUCUUAAAUACCAAAUUGCUCAAAAUAAAAUGGAUGCAUCAAAGAAUGCAUUACUUGAAUGGGUUAACUCUAAAUUAACAUCAAGAAAAAUUAAAAACUUUUCAAAUGAUUGGAAUACAGGGGAUGUAUUAAAUGAAUUAAUUCAUGCUCUUGAACCAGAUUUUAUUGAUUUGGCUGAUUCAGCUUCAAAAGGAGAAGGAGAAGAAAGAAUUCAAUACGGAUUAAGUAUUGCAGAAGAUAAAAUGGAAAUUCCAGCUAUUAUUGCAGCAGAAGAUAUGGCACUUCCAGAACCUGAUGAAUUAUCUGUUAUGGCAUAUGUUUCUUAUUUCAGACAUUAUGAAGCUGAAAAAGAAAAGAGAUUAGGAGAAGCUGAAAGACUUGCACGUGAAGCAGAAUUAAUGAGAACACCAGAUCCAUCAAAAUGUGUUAUGUCAGGACCUGGACUUAAAACAGGAGAAGUUCUUGUACCACAAGAAUUUACUGUUACAGCUAAGAAUUGUAAAGGAGAUCAAAUUACACAAGGAGGAGUUACUUGGAAUGCACAUGUUUUUGAUCCUGAAGGAAAUGAAAUUCCAAUUGAACAAAAAGAUAAUGGGGAUGGAACAUAUGAUAUGACAUAUGUUCCACAAGUACCAGGAAAACAUAAAGUUGAAGUUGCAUAUGAAGAUAAACAAUUAAAACAAUCACCAGCUAUUGUUAUGAUUGAACCAGCUAAAGCAGAUCCAGAAAAUACAUAUGCAGAUGGAGAAGGUGUAGAGAAAUGUGAUGCAGGAAAAGGACCAGUUAACUUUACUAUUCAUUGUGUAAAUAAAGUUGGAACAGCUGUGCCAGUUACUGGAGCUAAAUUUAAAGUCAUCAUUAGAUCUAAUGAUGGUAAUGAAAUUCCACAUGAACUUGUUGAUAAUAAUGAUGGUACUUAUACAGGAAGUUAUGUUCCAGUUCCAGGAAUUGAUACUGUUUUCAUUACAUUAUUGAAUCAAGGUAUUAAAGGAAAUCCAUAUCAAUGUAAAGUCUUCCAAGAUCCAUCUACUGCAUGUAUUGGAGAAUCAUAUGCAUUUGGACCAGGAGUUGAAGGAGGAGUUACUAUUGAUAAAACACCAGUUUUCAGAAUUCAAGGAGUCACACCAGAAGGAAAGAAAUGUACUAAAGGAGGAGAUGAAUUUAAAGUUGAAGUUACAGAUCCAGAAGGAAAGAAACAAACAGCAAAGGUUGUUGAUAGACAUAAUGGUAAAUAUGAUGUUAAAUAUAAAGCUAAAGUUCCAGGUAUUUAUGAUGUUCAAGUUCUUUUGAAAAACCCAGAGAAUCCAGAAGAAUUUAAAGACAUUAAAGGAUCAGUUUAUCAUCCAGAAAUUAAAGAUGGAGUUGAUGCUAAAAAAUGUAUUGUUGAUGGAGAAGGUAUUGAACGACCAAAUGAUCAAGAAGAUAAUGUCUUUACUAUUCAUGCUAAGAACUUUAAAGGAGAAGAUGUUUUAGUUGGAGGACAUCCAUUCCAAGUUAUCAUUGAUCAAGUCACAGAAAGUGAAAAGAAGAAGAAAAAAGAAGGAGAAAAAUCAAGUAGUUCUUCCUCUUCAGAAGAAGAAGAUGACGAUGCAGAAGAUGAAGAAUUGUUUGCAUUCUUGAAUGAUGGAGAAUCUGGAGACAACGAAGAAGAAAAAGUAAAUGAGGAAGAAAAGGAAAAAGAAGAAAAGAAGGAGGAAGAAGAACCAAAGAAAGAAGAAGAAAAGGAAAAAGAAGAAGGAGUUGAAGAACCAAAAGAAGAAAUUGAAGGAAAGAAGGUAGCACAAAAACAACAAGGAAGUAUUCCAUGUACUGUUAUUGAUAAUGAAAAUGGUACGUAUGAUGUUCAUUAUAGAGCUGCUGCAGGUAAGAUUAGAGUUAAGAUAGAAUUAAAUAAACAAAAAGUAGGUAAAUCACCAUAUCAUCUUGAAGUUGAAGAAGACGCUGAUGCAGAUGAAUCAGGAGUUGAAAACUUCUGUUUUGUUGUCCAAGCUAAGAAUAGAAGAGGACAAGUCCAAGCUGAUGGAAAAGCUAAAUUCACAGUUGAACUUGAUGGACCAAAUGGUAAGCUUGAAGAACAAAAAGUUAAAGUUAAACAUCUUGGAGAAGGAAAAUAUUUCAUUAGAUAUUCUCUUCCAGCAGAAAAAGGAGAAUAUCAUAUUAAUUGUAAGUUGAACAGAAGACAUAUUGCUGGAUCACCAUUUAAACAAACGGUCAAUUAA